CAAGUCUCCUUCUUCAAGUCUCUCUCCAUCUCCAAGCCUCCGUCCCAACGUCUCCGUGCUCCCAACGUCUCCAUCUCCACGACUCUACCCAAGUCUCCUUCUUCAAGUCUCUCCCCAUCUCUCUCCAAGCCUCCGUCUCCUCUCCACACGGCUCUCAUCAAGUCUCCCUCUUUGUCCUUCCAAGCCUUUCUCUCCAAGCCCCUCCGCUCAAGUCUCCAUCUCCACGUCCACGUGCUCCCAUCGUCUCCGUCUUGACGCCCCUGCCCACGUCUCUCUCCACCUCCUCCUCCACGGUUCACAUUCCACCUCUCCCUCUCCACGGCCCUCUCUUCCAGCAAGAUGGACAGCAACAACACCAACAUGGCGGCUGCCAGCAUCCCUUCCGGCAUCGAAGAGUUCCUCGUUGCACUGCAACAUCAACAAGGGACCGGCUCAGUGCAGGAAUCUGCGAUGCACACCACCAUGCGACAUCGCCUCCGCGACCUUGGACGUGAGGAGAUCAAAACCAAAGCAGACGGCAACUGCCUGUUCCACGCCAUUGCAUUCGCCAUCCCCAACAUGGACGCUGCCGAAGUGCGUCGUCGAGUUGUCAAGUGGCUGCGGGACAACCGCGACUACUCAGCGGGCGAAGCCGGUGCCACCACGCUGGAAUCUUUCGUUGCCUUUGACGACCCCACCGGCCCGAGCAACUGGGACGAGUACUGCACCAUGAUGGAGCAGCCUGCCACGUGGGGCGACCACCUCACCCUCAUCGCUGCCGCCAACGUUUUUGAACGGCCCAUCAGCGUCGUCUCAUCCCUCCCCGACGGCCACCAGUUUGUCAUUCGCCCGCUGGAUCCUGCCCCAAACCAGCCGUCCAUCGUUGUUGGCCACUACGCCGAAACGCACUAUGUGGCAACAGUGGUUGCCUCAGGCCGCUCGUGCAACUACGACGACGAUGAAGACGACGACGACGACGACGACGAUGAUGAUGAUGACGAUGAUGGCAGCGUUGCCGGCAGUUGCACUCAAACGCCAACUCAAACACCAACCCAGAAGAAGCGACGCAGCACAAGUGCAUCUUCUACUUCUGCGUCCCAGCAGCCCAAGGGCCCUCUUAGCGCCAAAGAGGUCAUCUCCAGCGUGGAGGCUCACUUCAGCCGCGCCGAGGACAUUGCUUCAGACCUCGAGAAGCAGAUUCCGGAAACGCCAGAGGACCUGGUACGGCCACUGCGCGACAGCAAGGACAAGUUCGACGACCUCAUCUCCACUCCCAUUCACAUUGCGUUUGUUGGGCCAACCGGUGGCAGCAAGUCUCGCCGCGUGAACCAGGAGUGCUACCCCCAAGGCCAUGGCCAGCUUCCAUGGCACUCUGGUUUGGCACAGGAGCACCAGUCGCUUGGGGUACAGCGUCUGCGGCGCGACGAGGCAUUCAAGGUUCAGCUGGCCCGACUGCCGAUCGCCGUCAUCAGGCGCCAGCUUGAAUCCCUGCAGAGGGCACAGCAGGAGCUUCUCGCCACACGCGCCGACGAUGCCGCCAUCAUCACGCGAAUCGAGCGCAUCAAGACAUGGAUCACCACCAUCAACGACACCAAUGGGGCAGCCGUGCCAGAGACGCUUGAUGUGCAGGAUGCCCUCUUCCGGUUCGUGAUCCCACCCGGUGGUGUGGACAAGGAACAUUUUGUUGCGCGUCUCCUGGCAGAGCUCGGGCCGAAGGCCACGGAAGAGGAGCAAGUGUGCUUUGUCAACCGCCUCUCGCGCCUGUAUGCACAGGAUGCGCUGGACACCGCCAUCGGCGCCAUGUACGCACUCGACGUGCAAGCGCCGUGGGUGGAGCUUCCGCCCAACGUCGUGGUGUGGGACACCCCUGGCUGGUCCAACGACUACCUCUUCAGCCCGCUGAUUCGACACGCCAUGGCCACAGCCCACGUCAUUGCCCCGACGACGAGCAGCCGCGAGUUUGUGGAGAUGAAGCGCCUGUUUGAAGAAGGCGCGGUGGCUGACCCGCACCACCAUCCGGUCCUGUGGUUCUCCCUCCUGCCAAAAGGCAAAGACAACAGCAACAGCAACUACGGCGAUGACUAUGAUGGCGGCAACAGCAGCGACGGCGACAAGCAGCUCCAGCAACUGGUCCAGGACAAGAAAAAGGCGUACGCGGACAAGCUACGCGAGCUGUGCAUGGAUCCAGAUGUCCUGCCAGAGGUGCGUGACCUUGGCCUGCGACCACAGCUGUUCGAGAACCUGAUCUCGGGGAUGCUGGUCUGGCCACGUGCGUGCCCUGCCACCACGGCCACUACUGAUUGCAGUAGCGCGUGGAGUGACGAAGAGGCGGCUCCCGCAAACAACCUUUGCGAUCCGGUCUUCUUUGAUCAGCUGCAACACAACGUCGUCAUGCCGCGCUUGGGAGCAAUUCUCUUCUGCUCGUGCGUGUUCUUGAAGCGCGCCGCGUGCUGGGCCGAUCCCGACAAGGAGAUGGUCUCCAUGUUGACCUCCACAACUCCAGAGGCAUUGUGCAAGCCGAUUGUUUCGGACUUCCGGCGCCUGCUGCGCGACAAACGCGAGAAGGCGUGGGAUGUUGUGACAGACGUUGUUAAAGACAGGCUGUUUGGCAUCUUGCGCCACAACCUGAAGCAACGGUUCGCCCGGCAGCCACACAUCAGCAAGGAGGACGUGCGGCAGUGGGCAGUGUCCGAGCAGACACGUGACGCAGUGGCACAAGUCAUUCACAGCCUCUUUGAUGGCACGCUGGAAGAUGUAGCAGAUGGGUGGUGCCAGCUGCUGCGAGCCUCUCUCAAGAAGAAGGUCGUUGGCAAGAAGGAUAGCGAUGAGAUCAAGAAGCACAAGACGAAGCGCGCCAAGGAGUUUGCAAACACGUUCUCCACGACACUGCAAGCAGAGAAGCAGCGGAUUCAAGAUGGCGUGCAGCAGAAGCUGUACUCGGUUCAGGAGCGGGUGGCCAAGGCCCUCAAGAAUGCGGCCAAGAACAUGAAGGGCUCAUUCACCGCAACAGCCGAUGCCAGCGACGAGGCACUGGACGCGUUUGUGGAAGACAAGGUUGCCAAGAUCAUCAGGUCCGUGUUCGGGCGGCGUCAAGUGCGCACCGCAACCUUCUCGCAGCUGUGGAAGGAGGUGGUGGAGGAGCACAUCAACGAUCAGCUCCAGGAGCUGUUGCGAGAGGAGUUCCAGCUGGCCAUGGACACGGCGCAGCGGCUGCAGGAAGAAGGGGUCACAGAGGCCCACCGCACGUUCAAGAAGCGCGUCAACGCGGCCAUUCGGGGCACGAACCAGCUCCUUGCCAAGCUGGCGCCAGAAGACGAGAAGGGCGUGGCAGACACCUGGCCAUGCUUCAAGCGGGGCGCCGUUGACGGCCAGCGGCGCAAAACACUACCGCAAGCCGAGGACAAGGAGAAAGCGCAGAAGGACCAGCUUGGUGCGUGCGACGACCUUCGUGAGCUGCGUGUCGCGUUCAUGGACAGCCGCGAUCACGCGCCCUGUAUUCGCAUCGACAACAUCGGCGUGGCAGAGGAGGACUCCAGCAAGGACGUGAGCCUUGUUGAUGCAACAGCGACGGCUGUUGUUGGUGCCACCGCAUCAAACGAAGUCAAGCGCCGCGUGCGAGAGUUUACCAAGCUGUAUCUUGAUGCGCAGCACCGCGGCGUCUGCACGGAUCCCGUCAUCACGUGCUCCAUCCCCUUCCACCGCCGCGACUGCAAGUCGUUGCUGAAGAUGCUGAAGCGAGAACCCAAGCGCGAUCACACGCACCACUUUCUCUGGGUGCUGGUGGUGAUGGAGAGGGACGGCGAGGAAGCGAUAAAGCUGUUUGGCGAUGACCCUAGCGUGGUGGUGGUGGAGUUCAUGGAUUCCCUGUGGCCGCAGGGGCAGUUCACGGGCAGCGAGGUGCCCAUUGGCAGCUGGGUGAUUGACCUGAUGAAGCUCAUUGGCGAGUGGCUGCUCCGCAGGUUCAAGCUGCCGUACUUUGCGCGUGCGAUGGCCUGCCUGAAGACGAUCAAGGAGACCUGCAAGCUGGGCCGCACGCAGCCAUGCACGCUUUCCCGCGCGCUGAUUGCAAUCCGCCACCUUCUCGAAUCAGAGCAGGAACAGCAGACAAUCGCCAAGCAGCAGCACAUUGCGCGUAACAUCAAAGACAUUGCCAAAGGCAUGAAGAAAGCGGGCACAAUCUCUGCCGACGAGUAUGUGGAGUUUCUGGAGUUUUUUUCCGAUGUCCAGCCUGAAAUGUAUCGACAAGUGCAAGCGUCCUCCAAGUCUUCAGACAAGGACAAGCCCACGUUUGGCUUCAAGUCCAGAUCUGCAGAGGGGCUGAUCAUCUCUGCGCUACUGGAUUCUUCCGAGACACCAGACGCUGUCAAGUCCCAGCUUCAAACGUGCGAGCAGCCGCGCGUGUGCAGCGUGGCCACGUCACCCCAGGCCACCAUCCAGCACUCCUGGUACACGCUCUCCUCCGACACUGCACACGACAACCUCAGCAAGAAUCACCGCACCAACUACAAGGUCCGCGAAUUCAGCAAGCUCGCCACCUCGUACAGGCAGCGGGUGCUCCUCCUCAACAACACUGCCUGCCAGCAAGGCGUGUACGCAUCAUCGCACAUGGCCUUUAUCUCCCCGCUUCUUGUGGACUCGGUGCAGUUCUUCGACUCUUACAAGAAUGCCGAGGCGCGCCUCGCCAAGACGCUUCAGUACUAUUUGGACGUGUGCAGUGUGGUGACGGACGAGUUUGGCUAUCGCUACCGGUUCACACAGCCAUCAACAGCAGCCGACCUGUCCAUGGACACUGCCGAAGACGCUGUCAUUGUCAGGGACAAUGGCGACAAUGAUGAUGAUGGUGAUGAUGAUGACCUGCUUGACCAGAAGUCUUCACCGUCCUCCGCGGUUUCCUCACCAACGCACACUACCCCAAAGGGUAGCUGCUCAGACGCGACCCCGCGCACGUCCACGUCCAGCCAGCGGCGCCCAUCGCGUGAAAUGCACACAGCCGGCCGUGCAAACGGGGCGCCACGUAACCGCGCUGCCAGCCAACAAGACGAGACCGACAAUGGGGAGCCCGCUUCCAAGAAGGCCAACACCAAGAAAAUGGCCUGACGUUCCACUGCCCGAAGGGCCCCUGCAUGCGUGCUCGGGUUGGGUUGCAUGUGUGUUUGGGUUUCGUUACAUGUGUGUUUGGGUUGAGUUUCUUUUCUUUCUUUCCUCAUCGCAUUUUGUCUUCCCCAUCCUCGCUUCGUGGCUUCCUCCACAUCUGAACACUUGUUCAGUCAAGUGUGGUGUUCACGAUUUAGUGUGGUUCCAGUCUUCUGUUCUCGCGUUAUUUUUCUCGUCGUCCACGCCACGUCACGCCAUUUCCUCUGUCCUGUCUGUGUGUGUGUGUGUGGGAUGUCACUCUGUGUGGUUACAUUACUGCUUUCAUUCAAACUCGCCACUCGCCACCGUUGCGUUCACACCCAACCACUUGCUCCAUGUUCUGUUGCAUUCAAGUUGACGCCAGUUGGGUAACGAGCAGCAGAAACGUCCUGUCAUGAAACGUACUGUCAUGGAAUGUAACGAGACACAAGCAAGCAACGCAGCG